AUGCCUUCAACCCCGACAGACCUAGUAACCGACACAAAAUUCCGCGUGGAGUUCAACUCCAAUCUCGUCUACCGCUUCACCGUCCAUUCCAGCACAGCCCCAGACUCAUACAUGAGGCGGCAGGAAAAGGUCGAUGUCUGGAAAGAAGAGAAGUCAAUCGGAAACGGAUCAUAUGGAAGUGUCCGGUUGCAUAGAUGCCUGACGAGCAAAGAUGAGGUGCAGGUUCAGGCUGUGAAGGCGAUUAGCAAGAAGAGCCUGUCUUUUACAGGUAUCAACUUUCUCAAGGAGUUGGAGGCUAUUGCGAAGUUUUCGCAGCAGAAGGUUUGUUUCUACUAUCCGUUUAUAGUUCCUCUGCUGACGAAGUACUUCGGCUGGUAUGAGAAUGAGGAUUCUGUGUUCAUAGUUAUGGAGUAUAUCCGACACGGCGAUCUGGGCUCUUAUUUGGAAGGGCCUUUUCCUGAGAAUGAGGCUCGGGAGGUUACAUUCCAGGUUGCAGAGGGAUUGGAGCAUCUACACGAAAAUGACUUCGUGCAUCGUGAUCUCAAACCAGAGAAUGUCUUCGUGGUCCGGAGAAGCCCCCAGUGGUGGGUCAAAAUCGGCGACUUUGGUUUCAGCAAACGCAUCAAGGAAGAUAGCAGCCUCCAAUCAAUGGUGGGCACACGUCUAUACCUCGCGCCAGAAAUACAGAUGCUCUACCCACCUGGAGUGGAAGAGACAAGUGCGAUGUUCCAUUACAGUGCCAAAGUCGACAUAUGGUCUCUCGGCGUGAUGGUAUUCUAUAUGCUUUUCCACGACUUCCCAUUUACGUUGAAAAGUCCACAUGGGCUACCGAAAUACGUCAAUGGGGGACCGUUUCCGUUUCCUACCUCGACCCGCGUGCAGAUCAGCGAGGACGCUCGCAAAUUUAUAUUGGAUACGAUGAAAGCAGACGCUGAGUUGAGAUUGUCUGCUCGCGAAACUCUCAAUAGUGGGUGGAUGAAACGACGGCAGGGUCAGGCUGCAGGGUUGCGAGACACUUCGAGACCCAUCCAGUCUGAAAAUAAUCAAAGUACGGCCAAGAAGAUGCCUUCUAUUCUAUCUGAGCCAGUGCAUUCAACUGCGACGAGCAGGAGUCAUGUACUGAUCGGCUCUAAAAAGAGCAGGGAGCAUCAGCCCGUGUCUUCGAAAAUGCGCCAAAACCCCAAGCAAGAUUCGAAGCCUGUGAGUAACAACAAAGACCCACUUACAGCUGCUCAUGAGAUGGGUAAAGCCGAAUACGAGCAGGGCAAUUAUGCUCAAGCCGAGGCUUUCUUCCGUCAGGCUUUUGAGGGAAGAACGAAAUCUCUUGGUGGAUCCCACGAGGACACUCUUACAGCUCUAGAGUGGCUUGGCCGAUCUCUUUAUGAUGGCAAACAGUACAGCAAAGCCGAGGCCGCUUUCCGUUGGACCAUUGAUGCUCGCACCAAAAGUCUUGGUGCAUCUCAUCCAGAUACUCUUACAUCCCUUGGGUGGCUUGGUCGGUCUCUGUACUGUCAUGAGAACUACGAUGAAGCUGUGUCAACCCUUCGCCAUGUAUACGAAGGACAGGAAAAAGUCCUGGGAGCAUCCCAUCAGCAAACCCUCGACACACUGCUUUGGCUCGGUAGAGCUCUCUACUGGCACGAAGAUUACAGUCAAGCUGUGGGAGUUUGUCGACGUGUUUUCAAAUAUUGGGAACAGUCUCUUGGUCCAUCCAAUGAGCAGACAAUCGAGUCUCUGUUCUGGCUUGGUCGGUCACAGUAUUGGAACGAAAAUUACGCUGAGGCUGUCUUGUGUUUCCGCCGAGUCCACAAGAGCCAAGAAUUACGUCUUGGUAGAAACCAUACGGUUACACUCGAAACCGCCCACUGGCUUGGUCGGGCUCUCUAUUGGUACGAAGAUUAUGGUCAAGCCGUGACGACUUUUCGCUGGGCUGCUGAGGGUCAAGGGGCGGUCCUCGGUGAGACCCACAUACAUACGCUCGCCUCUCUUGACUAUCUAGGUCGAGCUCUUUAUUAUCACAAAGAGUAUGCGAAGGCUGUGGUGAUGUUUCGCAAGGCUUUUGAAGGUCGAGAGGUGACACUUGGUGCAACGCAUCAUCAUACACAAGAGAGUCUUGAUUGGCUUCGUCGGUCUCUUUAUUAUCAAAAAGAGCAUGGUCAAUAG